AUGGAAGUAGCAACAGAAGGGGGAUCCUUUGAAAAGCUACAAUUUAAAAAAUGUGAAGAUAAGUAUAUUUUAGAUCAACAUUUAAGGACUUGUUUUAGUUAUUUAUUAUUAUAUAUUAUAAAGGAAUGUUAUUAUAUAUAUAAAAUAAAAUGUUAUAUUAUACAAAAUGCUUUGAAAAUAUACAACAGUCAAUCAAAAUCUUCCAUCUUAAAUAAUUAUAAGACAUUGUCAUAUUUAUUAUAUUCUCAGAAAUGGGAUAAUAAUAUAAUUUAUGAUAUUAUAAAUAAUUCCAAUUAUUUUUGUAAUUAUUUUGAAUUGUUUAAUGGCGAAAAUUAUUUUACUGAAGAUAUUCAUAAAACAAAUAAAAUAAAAUAUUUACCAAAUCCUUACGAAUCUGUUAAAAAUUCAAUCAAUUUAAAAGAACAAAAUAAAUAUGAAGAAAUACCACCUUAUAUACAAUUUGAUAACACAACAAUAAGGGGUGUAACAAUACACCAUAAUUUAGAAAAUGAAUUUUCUCAAAUUUUGAAUGGAAUAAAACCAUUCUUAUCAACAAAUGAGAAUCCUAAUAAUAAAAAAAGAAAAACAAAAAAUAAAACAAUAGCAACUAUCAAUAUAAACGAAAAAAAUCAAAUUCUUAGGAUAAAGAACCUCAAAAAUAUUCAAACUACAGAAAAUAGUUUCAUUAAUAAUAAAAACCAACCCAAUAAAAUGAACGCCAUUAUUGACACUGGUAACUAUUUUUCUAAAACUUUUAUUUCGUCAUUUCAAAAUGAUAUAAAUAAAACUGAUACUGACAUAUUUAAUGAAUCCAUAUAUGAAUAUGGACAAAACUCAAAAUAUUUACAACAUAUACAAAGAGAAAUAUUAAAUAAUAAUAUUGUUAAAGAUGGAAUUUCUAUAUUUGAAUACAAAACCCUUCACAAUAUUGAUCAUGUUAAUAAAUUUAGUAGGAAUUGUGAAUACAGAGACAAUAGUAAUUUAAACAACGAUGCUGGACAAAAUAACAAUGGUAAAAAUGAAAACGGGGGGGAUAAAGAAAAGGAAAUAAAUAAUAAUGACAAUUCUAAUAAUUCGGAAAAAGAUAACAGUAAUAAUAAUCAAGAUAAAAAUAAUGAUCAAAAUCAGGGAGGAGGCGAACAAAAUGGUGAAAAGGAGGGCGAUGGUAAAGAAAAUGACAAUAACAAUGACGAUAAUGAUGAUAAUAAUGAUGAAAAUGACGAUAAUAAUGAUGAUAAUGACGAUAAUGACGAUAAUGACGAUGGUGAUAAUGGCGAAAAGGCUAAAGAAAUUAGCGAAAAGGAAAAAUAUAAAUUUUUUUAUAAGAAAAUAAAAGAAAUAAAAUCUAAUAUUUUUGUAAAAAGAUGCAAAAAUGUUGAAAAAUACUUCAAAAAAAAAAUAUUUAAUUACAUAAAUAAGAAUAAUAUAAUAUGCAACAUGAAUAUAGAUACAAUAUUCAUUUAUUUGAAAAAUAUAUAUUAUUUAAUUUUAAACAAUAAACAAUUAGUAUUUUUUUUCAUAUAUAAUACUAAUGAUGUCAUGACUGCUAUUAUUAACACUGAAAAAUGUAACGAAAUAAAUUAUAGUGAAAAAAAUUUUUUUUUAUAUCUCUUAACAAAUGAAAAAGAGAUAUAUAAAAAAAUAUUUGAUGAAAUAAAUUUAAAAUAUGAUAAAAAUGAACUUAUAUUAAAAUUAAAAAAAUUAAAAAAAAAAUUAAAUGAUUUAAAACAUACAGAAGAGACAAAUUUAUUUGAAGAAAGUAUGAAACAACUUGGAUUAUUUAAAGAUAUUAAAAAAUGUGUUAACAGUAAUAAUUCUAAUUCUCAAAAUAAUAUUUCCAAUGAUGAUAUAUAUAAGCUUUUUAAUUAUACAAAUAAAAAAUUUUUAAAAAAUUAUAAGGGAGUAUCUCACAAAUUGUCAUUAAAAAAUUUAUUACCUAAAUUAUAUAAUUGUAAAGAUUUAAAAGAAACUAAUAAUUUAAUAUGUAAUGUUGGAAAAAACGUUAAAAGUGUUACAAAAAGUGGUGGUGGUGUUGGAUGUGAUGGAAAAAAGAAAAAGAAAAACAAAAAAAAUAAAGAAGCAAAUAUGAAAAAAAAUAAUAUGAAUAAUUAUAUGACUAAUUUGAAUUCUCAUUACAAUAACUUUAUGAACAAUAAUAUAGAUAAAUCUCAAAUAAAUAAUUCGUUUAAUUAUUUUGUAAAUUUUCAAAACAAUAAUGGUCAAUCAAAUAAUAAUGUUAACAACUAUUCGAGAUUUUAUAAUAAUAUGCAAUAUGCACAACAUAUGCAACAUAGUGUAAAUUUUAAAGACAACAAUUUAAAUGAUAAAAAUGGUAAUAAAAAUAAUGAAACAGAUGAAAAAGGUGAUGAAAAUGAAGUAAAAAAAAAAGCAAUAAGAGGUAUAACUUCAUUUACCUUAUUUGCUAGAGAAAAGAGAAAAGAAUUGUUAAAUCAAAAAGUGUUUCUAGGAAGCUCUUUAACGGAACAAACAUCCGCUGUUGCUAAAAUUUGGAAUAAUUUAAGUGAUGAAAAAAAAAAAGAAUGGGCUGUUAAAGCAUCCAAAAUAAAUGAAGAAAACUUCUUAUUACAAAAAAAAAAAAAAAAAAGAAAAUUUACUGCUUUUAGUAUAUUUGCUCGUGAAAAAAGAAAAGAAUAUAAAGAAAAAAAUAUCGAUAUGGGUUUAACAUUAGCUCAACAAAAUUCUUAUGUAUCAAAAUUAUGGAAACAGUUAUCCAAUGAGGAAAAAAAUAGAUAUAAAUAUUUAUCGAAUACUGUGAAUGCUGCUGUAGCAAAAAAUAAUAAAAAUCAGGUAAAUUAUAUUAAUGGUCAAAAAGUUAGUGGCUUUAAAGGGCGAAUUAAGGCUUUAGAUAAUAUGAUGAGCCAGCAUUUUUCGAACAACAACAAUCUCAUGUAUAACGAUAUGUCAAACUUUAACAAUAACAAUAUUAACAAUAGUAGCAAUAGUAACAAUAAAAUGGUGUAUAACCCAAACCAAGUGAUGAUGGGAACUGAAAAUAAUUCAUAUAAUAUGAAUUACAUGGCAAAUAUGCAAAAUAUGCAAAAUAUGCAAAACAUUGCACAAGGCGACAAUAACAUGAAUUAUUUUAAUUAUAUGGAAAAUAUGAAUAAAAAUAUCACAAUGGGGUACAUGAACAAUGAUAUGAAUAUGAUUCAUGAUAAUGGAGAUGAUAAAAAUAAAAAAAAUUCCUUAAAAAAAAAUAAAAAAAAAAAAAAUGAAAAUUUCAAUGACCCAAAUCAACUAAUGAAUAAUCCUAACUAUAUGCUAAAAAAUGCCAAUUCAUUUAAUCAACAAAAUUACAAUUCUUUACCAUAUCACAAUGAUGGAUUAAAUAAUACUAACAAUUAUUAUCCCUUAACUUUUCCUAAUGAUAAUAAUGAUGAAAUGAAUAAUAACAACACAAUAAAUAAUAAUUCUGAACUGUACAGAAAUAUUGUUAUUAAUAACAAUACUCAGAAUUUGAUAACAGAAAAUAAUCAAAAUGUUAUGAUAAAUAAUAUGUAUGAUCAAAAUCAGAUAUCUAUAAAUGCUAAUAAUAUAGUAAAUACAACUACACAAAUUACAAAUAUGAAAAAUAAUAUGACUAUAAAUUCUGAUGUUCCUAUGAUAAAUAAUACAAAAGGAGAUCAUAAUAUAUCAAUAAAUCCAAUAGAUAAUAACGAAUUGAUACAAGGUCAUGCUAAUGUUUAUAUAACACAUGGGCUUAAUGAUAACCCAGGAAUAUCAAAUAAAAUAAAUUUUCCAUUACAUGGGCAUAGCGAAUUUUCAUAUAAUAAAUAUCCAAACGAAACAAAUGAAAUAUAUGAACAUGAUAAUGUAAAUAUUGGUGGGACAUCAAAUGGGCAAACUAAUAUGGUUAUGCAUAAUUAUCAAGUAAUAAAUGGUAAUCAAAAAAAAGGGACAAAAAUUGAUGAUAUUUUAAAAAAAAAAAUGAUGAAAGAUGAGAAAAAAAAAUUAAAAGAAGAAAAAAUGAUGUUAAAAGAGUUUGAUAAAAGAAGGAAACAAUUGUUAAAAGCUGAAAAAUUAAUGGAAAAAAAUAAAAAUAAAAAAAUGUCUAAUAGUGAUAAUAAUGGGAUUGCGGCUAUUGAUUCAAAUUCAGGAUAUUAUGAUCCUGCAAGUGUAAUGAAUAACAACAACAAUAAUAAUAAUAAUAAUAGUAACAAUAAUAAUAAUAAUAAUAUGGGCAUGUAUAUGAAUAUGAACAAUUAUGAUAUCUCUAACCCGUUAAUAAAUAACCCAAUGAUUAAUAAUUAUAAUUUUUAUGCUAACCCCGAUAAGAAAAACAUAAACCCUUUAAAUAACAAUAGUAUAAAUAUUGUAAAUAACGCACCAAGUAGUAUAAGUACUCGAAACAAUACUAAUAAUACAAAUAAUAACAGCGGAAUUAUUUCAGCUCCUACUGAUGAAGGAAAUAAUGAUGAUCAUCUUUCGAAUAAAGGAUUAAUAAAUUUUAAACAUGUGAUAAAUGGAAAUGGACAAAACAUAUCAAAUGAUGAUGAAUUUUCAAAUUAUACUUAUGGUAAUAAAUUUAUGACUGAUUCAGGUGGAGUAAUACGAAAUAAUAAUUCUAUACCUAAUGAUACUAAUAUACAAAUUUCGGAUGAUAUUAAAAAAUAUGACCAUGUAAUAAAUAAUAAUAUUCAUGAUAAUACAAAAUUAGGUAAUCAUAUUUCUGAUCAUCAGCAUAUAUCAAAUGACCAAAUUCAAAACCCUGAAAUAAAUUCAUCAGUAAUUAAUUCUAAUAUACCUGAUGGUCUAAAUCACCCAACUUAUUUAAAUUCUAAUAAAGAAUAUUAUAAUAAUACUAACUAUUUUAACAAUGUGAUUUCAAAUGAUCAAGUAAUGUUUCAACACACAAAUGGAACAUCAAAUGUUGUAAAUAAUGGAGUUCCGAUUAAAUAUUUAAUUGAAAAUGGUUCAAAUUCAAAUAAAAUAUAUGGAUAUAACAAUAAUAACAAUAACAAUUAUCUUAAUAAUAUUAAUCCAAAUGAAAGAACGGCAAAUGGAAUAUCUGGUGGGUCGAACAAUAAUACUGGUAUUAUUAUAAAAAAUGAUGAAUAUUUUAACACUAUAGCAAGAGAAAAAGAAAAUAAUAAUAAUAAUAAUAAUAAUGAGCUAAAAGUUGACCAAACUUUUAAUAAUACUAACUAUUAUCAAAAAAAUGGUACAAAUAAAUAUACUAACAGAAAUAAUACUAAUGUGAUAGUAGGCUCUGUUAAUAAUAAUAACAAUAAUAAUAAAAUAAAUAAUUCUAUUUCAUAUGAUCCAGAUGACAAUAAUCACACUUAUAGCAACAUUACUAAUACAUCAGCACAUUUACAUAAUUCUAAACAACACAAUCAAUCACAAUAUAUAAAUUUAAAUGAAACAAUAAAUAACGAUAUGAACAUGGGAAUAAAUAUGGAAUACAACAAUGGAAUGAAUUACAUUAAUAUAAAUAAUAAUGAUAAUAAUAGCAAUAAUAACAAUAAUAAUAAUAACAAUAAAAAUAAUAAUAAAAAUAACAACACAUCCUAUUUUUAUCCGCAUAAUAGAAAUAACAAUGUUCCUAAUAAUAAUUUCUUACCCAAAACUAAUGAAAAUAAUACAACAGCUCUUAAUUGUAUGGCUAAUGGAGAUAAUAUAAUAUAUUUCCCUGAUCAUGUUGUAUCAGAAAAUAAUAAAAUUCCAGGAAACCUUGUUUAUUUUGACUCGGAUAUGAAUAGAAUAUCUGGAAGAAUGGAAGACAUUGAAAUAAAUGGACACAAAAGGAAACAACAAUUUUUUAAUAAUGCAUCUCAUUUUUUAGAGUUAGUUGAUAAAAAAAUAAUAAAACGGAAAAAAAAAAAAUCAUCUUCUUUGAAUAUUGUGAAUGGAGACAAUGAUACAAUAUGGGAUUUGGUUUUGAAAAAUAAAACAAAAAGAGAAAGGAGGAAAAAUAAAAAAUCAAAUAAUAUAACAAUAGAUAAUACAUUAGAUGAUAUUAUUAAUUUUGAUCAAAACCCAAAUGAUGAUUUAAAUAUGCUUUGUCUAAAUAAUGAUGGUUAUUAUUUGAACAAUGAUAAUAAGGAUAAACAGAAUGAACACAAUGAAAAUAAUGAAAAUAAUGAAAACAAUGAAAUAACUAACAAAGAAAGAGACGAACAAAACGCUGAAGGAGAAGGAGAAGGAGAAGGAGGAGAUUCUUAUAAUCCAAACAAUGAAAAUGAAGAUGAUAUUCUUAGCUUUCUAAACAUUUGUAUGCCAAAUUAUUCUACCAAAUUAAAUAUAAAUGAACAAGGUGAAGUUAUAUAUGAUGAUAAACGCACAUAUAAUUCAAAUACAAUAAUGAAUGAUAAUGAUAAUAAUUUUAAUUUUUUAAUGAAAACAAAAAAUAAAGUUAAUGAAAAUUUAAAUAAUUGUCAAAUUGAAAAAUAUAAUAAUGCAUAUAAAAAAGCUAAAUUAUGUAAAUGGUCAGAACAACAAACUAAUAAAUUUUAUGAGGUUAUUGAAAUGUUUGGUAUUGAUUUAAUGAUGGUUAGGGCAUUAUUACCAUCUUUUACAGAUAAACAAAUUCGGGAUAAAUAUAAAAAAGAAAAAAAAAAUAAUCCUUAUAGAAUAGAUCAAGCAUUAAAAAAAAAUAAAGAAAUUGAUUUAGAAGCAUAUGAAAAUGAACAUGGAAAAAUUGACCACUCGACACACCAUAAUUAUUAUGACUCAGCUAGCGAUUUGGAUAAUUCUUCUCCGAAAAAAAAUAAUAAAGACAUGGAUGAUUCAGAGAUCAAUAUCUUAAGUAUUUUUGAUAACAAAGAUGAUGAUUACAAUAGCAAUGUCAAAGACCAAGGAGAAGAUACGGGCAUCACAGAUUUUAAUAUUUUAACUUUAUUUUAA